AUGAAGGUUUUUAAAACUCUAACGUUAUCCAUGAUUCUUGGAGCUUUUGGAGUUCUCGAUUUGUCUUGGGCUAAACGAGUUAUUUCAUUCACUUCAGUAACUUGUUCAGGUUCAAAUAAAAGUAUGAUGAUUUUAGAAUGUUCCGUAAAGCCAGUUGCAGAAGAACAGAAUGGACUCAAUAUUGUCAUGGAUUUUUUUAAGAAAAUCGAAUCAUUUAUGCUGACUUACAAUUUCAGUAUAAAAAUAAGAAAAGGUUUUCGAUCUCUAGUAAAUGGUGAUAAACUGGACGUUUGCAAAUUUUUAAACGGAACUAAAACUAAAAGUAACGUGAUGAAUUAUGUCAUAGAUAUGGUCAAACAUACUUUUCCAGAAAGGUCACUGCGACCAUGUCCAUUAAUUGGUCGUCAUGAAUUGUUGAACAUUACAGCUGGUAGACCAGGCUCAACAGCGACUGUUUUCCCAGAAUCAUCCUAUCGUGUUACUAUGAAGUAUUCCACCAAUGAAGAUGAUAACAUUAUUUCAAUCUUAUUAUAUGUUGUUUCCAAAGAUAUUAAAGAAUAAAUUACUAAAAUCUUGUUUGCAU